CUUCAAUCAGAUGUCGGUACUUUUAAGUCCAGCGCUUUGUUUUUGAGACUUCAAACGCUUGGUUCGUCCAAGAACUCCACAAACUUCUUGUGGGAACGGAACGAUCGUCCAAUCAUAUCAGCAAUCCAAACUGGAACCAACAACAUACAUAUCAAAGGUUCAAGGUCCAUGUGAAUGUUGCACAAACAAUAGGAUCAGAUCGGCCCCACGAAUGAGCCAUGUUGACCUUAUCACAAACCUUGUUGGCCUUUGGUCUUUUGGGUCCGGUUUGGACGGCCAGAUCGCGUUCUUCUGAAUCGCACGAUGAUCAUUUUGACUUGCUAAUAUUUGCUCAAAACUGGCCUACCACCAAUUGCAUCGAAUGGAAAGAACGCGACAAGCAGAACACGUGCACCAUCCCCCAAGGGAUUUGGACGGUCCAUGGGAUCUGGCCGACCAAAAAUAAGACCAUUGGUCCCAAUUUCUGUGAUCGCUCCAAACGCUUCGAUCCCACUCGUUUGGCACCCAUACUAGAUGAUCUGGAAGCACAUUGGACCAAUGUGCAUGCCAAUACAGGCGAAUAUAGCUUUUGGAAGCACGAAUGGGAGAAGCAUGGAACUUGUGCCAUGGAACUGGGACCCUUGGACACGGAAUUCAAAUACUUCAAGCAAGGAAUCACGUGGAAUGAGCAAUAUCCGUUGAGCAAGUUUCUGAAUGAUGCGGGGAUUGUCCCUGGUCAGAAAUAUACCUUCAAAGAGAUCUUUGAUGCCGUGCAGAAUCGAUUGGGCGGCCAUCGACCCGCCGUUCAGUGCCAAUAUGACGAUGAGCACGACGUCAAGACCUUGGCUCAAAUCAACAUUUGCUUCGAAAAGAGUCUCCAGUUGACGGAUUGUGAUCCCAUCAAGGGUGGAGUGAACCUGUUCUGCCCAAGGUUUGCCAGGGAGAUCUUCUAUCCCGAAUCAACCCGAUUCAAUUCGGCCCCGCUCUUCCCAUAUGCCUCAAUCAUCCAAGUCUUCGUCGUUGGCAUAAUAAUUUCCAGGUUCUGACGUGCUCUCCGUGGUGUUUGUGAUGAUCAUUUUGCCGGUUGGGUUUCAAAUCAUAAAACGAGUUUACCUUCAUCGUCUUCGGCAAACGCUCUACCAGCCUCUCUAACAGUAAUCUCGUAAUCAACUAUUUUACCUACAUCAACUGAAUUCAAGUACCCUCAAUCAUUUUUUUUAUAUUUACCAUGAUUUAAGUGAGCUAUACGUCCUAUUCAAUUGCAAAUAAACUUCAUAAUACGAACCAAUGCAUA